GCAUCAGACGCAGCUCACAUCAGGAUGGGUCGCGCUGGGAAGAAGCAGGAGCAGCAGCAUCAGCACCGGAGGACGAGCUGAUCCCGCCGAGCAGAAGAAGAACAAUCGAAGGAGGUGGAAGAGGAGGAGGAGUAGGAGAAGACAAGAAGAAGAGGAAGGCGGAGGUGGAAAUCCCGCGAGAAAGGAGAGACGGACACAAGAUACACGCAGAAAGAGAGAGAGAGCGAUAGAGAGAAACCGCCGCACAUGAGGUGCGCAAGACCCCCGAGGAGAGGGGACUAAUCGUUGAUUUUGAGGAGAGAAAACGUCUUCUCUGUAUUUUUUUUUACACUCACACGGACAGAGAAAGUCUCCGAAAAGACGGGCGAGAUGAAUCCCAUGACACAGUUGUACUACAAGAAGGCGACAUACUCGCCGUACCGCGAUCGCAUCCCUCUUCAGAUCGUCCGAGCGGAGGUGGAGCUGUCUGCAGAGGAGAGAGCCUACCUGACCGCUGUGGAGAAAGGUGACUAUGCCGGCGUCAAACACGCCCUGCGCGAGGCGGAGGUCUACUACAACAUGGACGUGAACUGUCUUGACCCGCUGGGCCGCAGCGCACUCCUCAUCGCCAUUGAGAACGAGAACCUGGAGAUCAUGGAGCUCCUGCUGGACCACGGCAUCCACACGGGGGACGCCCUGCUCUACGCCAUCAGGAAGGAGGUGGUGGGCGCCGUGGAGCUGCUGCUGUCGCACAGGAGGCCCAGCGGGGAGAAGCAGGUUCCCUCCCUCAUGAUGGACAGUCAGUUCUCAGAGUUCACCCCUGACAUAACUCCCAUCAUGCUCGCUGCUCACACCAACAACUACGAGAUCAUCAAGCUCCUCGUCGCGCGGAAGGUCACCAUUCCCAGACCGCACCAGAUAAGAUGCGACUGUGUUGAGUGUGUGUCCAGUUCAGAGGUCGACAGUCUUCGACAUUCAAGGUCUCGACUCAACAUCUACAAGGCUCUGGCCUCGCCCUCCCUCAUCGCGCUGUCCAGUGAAGACCCCAUCCUCACGGCCUUCAGACUGGGCUGGGAACUCAAAGAGCUCAGCAAGGUGGAGAACGAGUUCCGACAGGAGUACGAGGAGCUGUCGCAGCAGUGCAAGCGAUUUGCCAAAGACCUCCUGGACCAGGCCAGGAGUUCAAGAGAGCUGGAGACCAUCCUGAACCACAGAGACAACGACCAGAGCGAGGAGCUGGACCCCAGGCAGUGCCACGACCUGGCCAAACUAAAACUGGCCAUCAAAUACCACCAAAAAGAGUUCGUGGCUCAGCCUAACUGUCAGCAGCUCCUCGCCACGCUUUGGUACGAUGGCUUCCCGGGUUGGAGGAGACGACACUGGGCGGUCAAGCUGGUCACCUGCUUCAUCAUCGGACUCCUGUUUCCUUUCUUCUCUCUGAUCUACCUGCUGGCUCCUAAAAGCGCUCUGGGACGCUUCAUCAAGAAGCCCUUCAUCAAGUUCAUCUGUCACACGGCGUCCUACCUGACCUUCCUCUUCCUGCUGCUGCUCGCCUCGCAGCACAUCGCACGCACCAACCUGCACAUGCAGGGACCCCCGCCCACCAUCGUGGAGUGGAUGAUCCUCCCGUGGGUGGUGGGCUUCAUCUGGGCAGAGAUUAAGGAGAUGUGGGACGGGGGAUUCACAGAGUACAUCCACGACUGGUGGAACCUGAUGGACUUCGCCAUGAACUCGCUCUACCUGGCCACCAUAUCGCUAAAGAUAGUGGCUUACGUCAAGUAUAACUCCUCUCGACCCCGGGAGGAGUGGGAGAUGUGGCACCCCACGCUGAUCGCCGAGGCUCUGUUCGCCAUCGCCAACAUCUUCAGCUCCCUCAGACUCAUCUCCCUCUUCACCGCCAACUCUCACCUCGGGCCUCUGCAGAUCUCGCUGGGCAGGAUGCUGCUGGACAUCCUCAAGUUCCUCUUCAUCUACUGCCUGGUCCUGUUGGCGUUUGCUAACGGUCUGAACCAGCUGUACUUCUACUACGAGACCAAGGCCUCAGAAGAACACAACAACUGCAAAGGCAUCCGCUGUGAGAGGCAAAACAACGCCUUUUCAACGUUGUUCGAGACCCUUCAGUCUCUGUUCUGGUCCAUAUUCGGGUUGUUAAAUCUCUACGUGACCAACGUGAAGGCUCGACACGAGUUCACGGAAUUCAUCGGGGCGACCAUGUUCGGCACGUACAACGUCAUCUCGCUGGUCGUUCUGCUCAACAUGCUGAUCGCCAUGAUGAACAACUCGUACCAGCUCAUCGCAGAUCACGCCGACAUCGAGUGGAAGUUUGCGCGCACCAAGCUGUGGAUGAGUUACUUCGACGAGGGCGGUACGCUGCCGCCGCCCUUCAACAUCAUCCCCAGCCCCAAGUCCAUCCUGUACCUGCUCUGGUGGCUCCACAACAAGCUGUGCCAGAGGGGCCAGCCACCGGGGGAGGACUCGCACAAGUGUGAAAACCUCAGAGAGUUCACGGAACGGCACGCUGACAGUCUGAUACAGAAUCAGCAUUACCAGGAGGUGAUCCGGAGCCUGGUGAAGAGGUACGUGGCGGCCAUGAUACGCAGCGCCAAGACGGACGAGGGACUGACAGAGGAAAACUUCAAGGAGUUGAAACAAGACAUUUCGAGUUUCCGCUACGAGGUCCUGGAUCUCCUCGGGAACCGGCGUCCACCCCGGCGACACUACUCCUCCUCCAGCGAGACGAUGAAAGACGACGGCGCCAUGGCCUCAGAGGAUGACAGCGAAUCCGGGGACGGCAGCGGAGGUGGAGGCCAGCGGUCAAAAGGCGUGACCUUCAUGACGCCGCUGGAGGACGACAAGUCGCCAGAACCACAACAAGGAGUGUCCGCCUUGGUGCGCUCCAUUUCAGGAAUGACCCAGAUGGAAAGAUCCAGCGAUGACGACGAGGUGGAUCUGGAGGAGGGCAUUGGAUGGGGGGAAGAGGAGGAGGACGAGGAGGGAAAACCAAAGAGCAACGGGCUGAAGUCGAACGUCAUCCCCUCAUCCUCCACCUCCGUCCACCCCUCCCAGUCUUCAUCAUUCGCCACUGCAUUGUCGUCAUCCCUUGCUCGAACAAGAAGCCGGCUCCAUCGACUCUCAUCUCCAGGAUCAAAAACAGACUCUUUCAAGCGCCUCUCAUACCUGUUCUCACGCUCAAAACGCAAAGCCCCACCCCUGCCUCUCCCCCUGCAGUCCCCGCCAUCCUACACUAUCUCCGACGGGUUGCUCCGCCCCCUAGGGAGCCACAGCCACUCCGACUUCGGACUCAGUAACGUGACGAGAAGCGAGACUCACUUGAACGAAAUGGGCCGCUCAGUCGACAUCAAUAACCCGUCGUUCUCCCCGCGGAGAACGAACGGACGGGACUCCCUCCUGACGCUGCCCCUCCCGCCCCCAUGCCCCUGCCAAUCCCUGCACUGUGCUUCCAACAUGUCCGAGUCCAGCUCACGCCUCCUGGACUCCAGCGAGGACGUUUUCCAGGGCGGAGGCUUGGGAGGAUCAGGCGAGGGUGGUGUGGAUGGAGGAGGGGGAGGAGGAGGGGUGGUGAUGUUGUUGGGUGGGUGGGUGGGACCAUGCAAUGAUGUCAUAGAGGACAGCUGUGAGGUCAUAGAGGACUCUGUCACCACACAGCUAUAGGAAAAAGGGACAACCAAACUGUUUCUUCUUUGUUUGUUUGCAUAUGGAUUAACACAGAGAGGACAGAGAGAGAGCGGUGGUACGGACGGGAAUCCAACGGAAUCUGUUCUAGAACUCAACACGGUGGGUUCUGGAAUUCUACAGUGGAGUUCUAGAAUGCAACAUUUCCGAGAUCAAAGCGGCUUUGGCGAUGGUUCAGGUUAAACCUAAGAGGACAAAGGGGAUGCUGAAUUGGCAGAUGGUCAUAAAGACAGUUUGAUAUCAUCAGGUUGUCUGGAAUUUCCCGGUAAACGCGUCGCAGCCACACCUCUGUCAAGUUCAAAACAACUGCACUGAUUACCUAGCAAGCACUAUAGCUGGAAAAGUACCAAGCUAGCCAGCCACUGCUUGGUAUAACCAGCUACAAAUAAAGCUACUUAGGUAACUUACCAAUAAGCUAAUCUUCUUUUUAUCAUGCAUGAGAGCAACCUAAUUUGGAAACUCCCUCACUGUGAGUAAGCCAACUAUAUUAUCUUACUCAUAAAUUGAGAAAUAGGGAGUUUUCAAAGUAACUGUAUAGUGAGCUAAUCCCCACUCUCUUUCUAUCCACUGUCCUGUCUCAAAAAAUAAAUCUUUAAAAAAGUUCUAAGGUUGUGAGCCUAUCCCUCAGUGACUGAUCUGACUAGCUAGAGAACAACGUAGCUAACAAUAUAAUUUGCUUUUGAGCUAACCCUCUUUUGUAUGAGAUGACUAGCAAGCUGAAAAGGGAGAUCUCGUAGUCGGGUUUUGUUAGCUAACCAUGCUAUCAGCGAGCUAACUAGCUGGAGAGUAAGAGAGCAACCGAUGUAGCUCACUGGGGAGUCAGUGUGCUUAAUAACAAAAAAUGUAACUUGAGAGCAAUUAACUCUUUUUAACCAAUAAUUUGAAGUUCAUGACAAUCCUAAAUUGCAUAUCACACACAUAACGUAUAACUAGCUGUGCUAGGCUCUUCAGGACUUUUUUGGUUCCCAAAGGGCAGAUUGUGUCAGGGAAAAUCUGCUGCAAGUUUGUUUUUCAGUUUAUAUGAUAUGCUACAUCAUGUUCAUGGUAAAGCUGAGGGCCAUCUUUUCAUGGUGUUCACAAUAUAACACCGAAAUGCCUUUAUAAACAUCUGCCAAUUUCCAAGCAAGCCACAAAGGAGGAGAUUCAAAACAAAUUUUUCUUCUAUCCUCUGGGACAUUCAGAAACUAUCAUUAUGGAAUUACAAGCAACCAAAGCAACUUUUCUGAGGGGAAAUAUCGUCAACAGUCCGUGUUUGGUUUUAAACACAUGAUGCUGUCUUUCCCUUUAACCGAGCUUCAAAUCUGUUAUGGAUUAAAUGGAAUAAAAUCCCUUGAAUUGGAAUGGAUCUACACUCGGACUAAGAUUUUACCUUUUGCCAAAUGGAAUUGACUGAGUAACACUCCUACAUGAACUUUGUAGAACUUAAAAUUGCAAAAAUAUUUUUUUUUUGGCGGGGGAGGGGAAACGGAAUAACCUCCCCUUUAACUCUGGAAUUUCUUGGAUUACACUCCGACCGAAUCACUGGGAUAAAAAGGGAACGGCAUGGGACCAUUGCUCUGCUAUCAGUAGCCUGCACCCUCUCUCUCUGCAUCAACAAGGGCCAAGGAACUUUUGUUUUAUCCUAAUAACAGUUAUACUAGUAAUAAUAAUAACGAUCAUAAUAAUAAUAAGUGACUUCUAAUAAUAGUUAUGAGGACUAUUCUGGUUUUCUUAAGACUGUCUUUGCUUCUAUUUGAGUUGCCUACAAUAUUCUGGCUUCUCGUUCAGCUCUUCCUUAAUAAGUACACUUUAACCUGAUGAAUAAAAAUUUACGGUGAUA